UGGACGCAGCAGAGACCGGACUGCACAUGCCCUGGCGGCGAGCGAUCAGAGGCCGGGGCAUCGAGCGGCGCACCCUCCACCCGCGCUCGCCUGGGAUCACACGCAGCGGCGAUGGAGGUCAAGGCCCGGCCUGUCUCUUUCUCGCCUCACCUGCUCCAAAUCCCGGGCCGCCCAGCUCAAUUCUUCUAUGGCUUCGAGCUGUUACCUGUUAAUCCCGUGCGUCACCCGCGUGCCAUCGCCACCCCUAUAAAACCGGUCGGCUUUAUUGCGACGGCCAGCCCAGCCCGGCCUGCGCGGCAAGUGCCCGCCCGCUCACCAGCUUCUUCCCGGGCUGCGCCGGCGAGGGACCAGCCGACGAUGCAGCCGUCUUCGAGGGCGAGAUCCAGGUCGUGGGGGGCCGGGCCCUGGGGCACCACCCCGCCCCUGUCUCCCAGGCAGCAGGCGAAGCCUCGGCACGAGCGCAGCAGGUCCACCACGUCCACGUACUCGCCACUCCUCCCCUCAGAGCAGAGUCACGGCGACAGCGGCGGCAUGGCGGAGCAGGCGCCGGCGCCGGCGCGGCUGGAGGAGGAGGAGGAGCUCAGUAGUCGUCCGGCGACGGAGACGGAGGGGAAGGCGAGCGGCAGCGCCGACGCGGGGAUGGACCGGGUGGUGCGGCGCCUGGAGCGGGAGGCGGCAGCGGCGAAGCAGACGGAGAUGAAGAUGCUCGAGUCGCUGGUGCAGCAGACCAAGGAGCUGGAGCAGGCCAAGAUCGCGCUCGAGGAGGCCAGGCUCGAGGUGGCCACGCUGCGCCAGCACCAGCAGCAGGAGGCCGGGCCGGCGCAGCAGCAGCAGUGGAGCGUCAUGGACCUCAUGUUCGGCGGCGUCGACGAGGAGAUCAACGGGCUCCGGGCCCGCCUCCGUGCCGCGUCGCAGGCCGAGGAGAGGAGCCGGAAGGCGGCCGAAGACCUCACGGCCGCGCUGUCCGCGGUCACCAUGGAGGCCAAGCAGGUCAAGGCCUGGCUCUCGGACGCGCAGGCCGAGCUGGAGGCCUCCAACGCGGAGGUCGACCGGCUCCGGGACCUGCUGCAGGGCGCCGAGGCGGAGCUGUGGUCGGCCACCGAGCAGGUCGACACGCUCACCUCCGAGUGGAAGGAGGCCGCGGCCGGGUGGCGCGCCAGGGAGAAGGCGCUGCUGGCGCGCGCGCGCGCCGCCGAGGAGGAAGCAGCCGCGGCGCGGCGGGAGAACGCCGACCUCGCCGGGACGCGCCGGGCGCUCGGCGACGAGAACGACGCCCUGCGCCGCGCGCUGGAGCGGGCCUCCGAGGACGCCAACGCCGCCACGGAGGCGCUCGAGCUCGUCAGCGGCGAGAACGCCGACCUGCGGGACGCCGCCGCCGAGAAGGAGCGCGACCUGGAGGCCCUGCGGCGGGAGAACGAGAGCCUCAGGGCCAGCGAGGCCGCGGCGCAGGAGCGCGCCAAGGACCUCGAAGCCCAGCUCCUCGCGGCGGCAGCGAAGGCGCCGGCGACCGACGACGGCGCCGCGGUCGGGAAGGCGGCGGAGAUCCCGCUGGUGGAGAAGUGGAGGCGCGAGGCCGCGCAGGGCAAACUGGGCGCGGCGGCGUUCCUGGACCCCGGGCGGGUGCUCCCGGGGCGCAAGGACCGGAUGUUCGCGUCGCUGAGCAACCUCGCGGAGCUCAAGUCGGCGGCGGCCGCGGCGGCCAUGGACGAUUACGACUACGAGUUCGACCACCUGGACGUGGGCCAGUACGGCGGCGGCGGCGGCACGGAGCACGCCAUGAAGCACAAGAAGCGGCGGUCGAUCCUGCGCAAGUUCGGGGACCUCUUCCGGAGGAGGAGCCUGUACAAGCCCGACCUCGCGCCGGAGCUGCACAAUCACUACUAGAUAACAGCCUAGGCACUAGAUCGUAGAUGCUCGCGAGAUCGAUCCUUUGAAUGAUGAUACGCAUACAGAAUAAGUAGUGAACAAGUGUAUCGUCGUCAUCAUUCAUCAAGGUCUUCAGUACACCACUGAAACUGUGGUCGUGAGUCCAUGGCGUCGAUCUGUGUCUGAACUCUGAAGGAUAGGCAGGCACUGCAGCAGAUCGAUGUAGCGGGGGGUUGAAGGAGAUCGAUUGCAUUGUUCCUGUGAUCUGGAUGGUGCCGGUGGAUUAGUUUAUGGCGAUGAUGUCAGUUAUGCGUGUCGAUUACUUAAGCUUCCUUCCUUUUUCCGGUU